AUCAAAUUCACAAAAAAACAAAUACAAGUCACCUAUAAAAAUAAUAAAAAAAAAAACAAAUCUACUACACAUGGAAAACAGAUGCCUAUGAAAUGCAGAUACAAAUAUAAGAGUAACCCUCUCUGGCUCUGCAUGAUUCUCUCUUGUCAUUUAGCUGAAUAGCUGACUAAAUGAAUUUGUAUGUGCGCCAGUAAAAACAACACGGUUCGCCAAACGGUAGACACAUAGACAUAUUCAGUCAUACAGCUAAACUCUUCUUGUGUGUUGUGUAGAGCCUCCUGUAGAGCAUUUUCAUUCAGUUUGUUAAAUUUUUGUUAUUAUCAUCACGAGUGUGUGAAUGUGCAUGCAAGUAUAUAUACCAACAUACAUAUAACAAGCAAUUUAAAAUGCAAAUAGUUAUGGACAUUGAUAUGGAAAAACGUAGCCUUCUGCUACGGGAUUUCCAAAAUGGACUUACACGUUUCCAGGCAAAUGCAAAUCUUAAAGAGAAAUUUGGUGAUUGUGUGGGGUAUGGGGUUCGAACUUGUGAACGAUGGUUUAACAAAUUCAAAAAAGGAGAUUUUGAUUUGACAGUAAAACCACGUGAUAAAUGCUAUAAGGAUAGAACGUAUUCAAAGAGAAAGAGACCAACAAAAGCAAUUAAAAAAGUUGAUGAAGUCACUUUUAAGCAACAACAACAACUAGAAACAACAACAGAAUUGCAACCUGAAGCUGCAAAGAGCAAUGAACAAAGUGCAAAUGUUGAAAGUUUACUUACAAAAAAGCGUGAACUAACUGUAUCUAAAGUUUCAGCUAAAAGUGGAGCUGCUGUUAAAAAACCUAGUACUGAACCGAAUAUAGUCACAAGACGACUUGUUAAAACUUCACUUCCGAAACUAAUACCUGUUAACGAUUCUCCAACUGCCGUACCAGCUGAAAUGCCUAAAUUAAGACCUCGGAGACCUCGAUCUCAAGGAAUUGAAAUUAAGCUCCCUGAUAGUGCGGCCAAGCGAAUGUCUCCUCAAACAUUAACAGAAAAUCAUAAUAUUGGAGGAGGGAAUAGGAGCUCAAAUAAGUCUGAAACAAUCAAGAACACUCCCACUAAAGGGUCCAAAGCGGUUACAGUUCAGUUUCAGAAUUUAUCCCCGGAAAUAGCAAAGAAUACAGUCUGUACAAAAUCUAAAGUUCAGAAUCGAACACCCAAAAACUCUGUUAACAAGAAUCCUAAAGUUGACAAUAACGGACAAGUAGUCAAACCCAGCCUUUUGAAGAGUCAAAAUCCAAUAACCAAAAGAUUGCCCCCCACAAAUGGGAUUUCGACAAAUCCCAAAGUUACUAACAAUCGACAAGUUGACAAAAGUCGUCUCUUAAAAAGUCAAACUCGAAUUACUCCUCAAGGAUUUGCCAAUACCGAUGGAAUGUUAAAAAUUACAAAUGUUGCUCACAUCGACAGCAUGAGCCCAGAGAAAAGAAAAGAACAAACAACUCCAGAUAAACGUUGCACACCUCCCCAGCAGACUCCCCUUUCGCCGUUAAAUAACCCAACGGGUGUUAUUUACCUUAAUCCACAAGAAAUAUUUCGAUCGAGUUUUGGCGGUUUUGGAAGUCUACCAUCGAAACGACAACUUCCCUCUGAGAAAUACUAUAAAAAUCCAAAACGAGUGUCACUACAACCAACACCACUUCCUCCGGCACCAAUGACAAUGCCAACUCCGCCGCCAGAAGAUUCUGUUGUACUUAGCGACAGCGAUGGGGAUGAUUUGGUUUUUCCUGAAAAUACUGCUCUGCCUGCACCAAAAAUAAAAACCGACACAUUUACAACAUAUUGGGAUUUGGAAAGUGGCAAACCAAUACCUAUAAAUGGAGAAGUGGAACCGGUUUUGCCCAAGGCUACAGUUCCCUCUAUUAUUGAAAUCGACUGAAAAUGGGAGUGAGAAAAAUGAUUGUUGACGAAAUCUAUUGUUUUCCAGCUAUUAAGUUAAAACAGGGUGUUUUUUGUGAUUCCUUAAAAAAGUGUUAUUUUUUGAAAUAAAGAUAAAUUUAAUCGUU